CAAAUCUCAAGUAGAUAAAAUUCAGGCACCAGUGCAAACAUGUACUUUACAUGAUGUACUAUGAAAGUAUUAGUGGUAGAUAAAGGCUGCGGUUAGUUGUGCGAGAUACUUGGAACGGGUGACUCGCGGCUGUCAGUGUCACAGACUGUCGUUGAUUCAGCAUCAUAAUCCGUUCCCCCUCUUGAGUGUUACAUACAGCGGCCGGCCUGCAGGAUCUCGGUGUAUAAGAUCUGUACAGUUGGGUCACUGCUUCCUAAGGUCCUUAGCCCACCUUGAAAAACAUUCUCGCCAAUUUACAUCCUCUAACACUGGCUUUAUUGAAUGCACUCAUGUGUAAAUGAUGGACUGCUCUAUUGUUUUGUUUGUGGAAUAAAAGUCUUCUGGCAGUAUGGAUUACACAAUAUCAUCAGGGCCUCUUGAAUCAUGUUGGACAAGGGACGCAAAUCUGGAGGAAAGGUCGCCCCUGAUGAUAGAAAACUAAAAACUCGUGGGAGAAACCGAAUCUGCAAACAGUGCAAGUUCACCUGCACCGAUCCCAAAGACUUUCUAAAUCACCAAAAGUACGCACAUUCUCAGGAAAAUGAUCCUGAUAUACUUAACUCUAUAAGUAAGCGACGGAGAAGUUCUAGCGGCAUUAAUUAUAACAGUCACGUCUCACUUGGGAAAAAAAUAGCGACCCGAUCAAGUGCAUCUCAUGACAGUGACGACAAACCAAAAUCUGAUGACAAUAAAAUUAGCCCUGAUAUAAGUACAUUCCAGGACACAGAAGAGUCACUUUCUCCCGUGAACAGUGACAUCUCCGAGUCUAAGUUAGACGAGAACUCGUAUUCUAUGAACAAAGAAAAUUUAUCUGUUGAUGAAAAUAAAGGUGACACUGUUAGUGAAAAAUUAGAGAAACUAGAGAUGGAUUCCACAGAAGCUGAACGUGUCAGUAACUUUGGAAGUGAACAUGAGGAACAAGAUGAGGAAGGGAAACUGGUGAUCGCAGAGGAUGACCACGCGUCAAAUAAAACACCGACCCGCAGCGGAAACAUUCAGAAUCGCACUUAUGUUUGUAACCAGUGUGAGUUCAGUUCCACGAGUGCCAAAACUUUCCUACAUCAUCAGAAGGAUGAACAUCAACCCGACAUCAUCAUAUACGAGUGUGACAUUUGUGAAUACGCCACAAAAUAUAAACAAAAGUUACCUCGGCACCGAAAACUCCACUUCACCGGGAAAGACAAUAGCAGUUUACUCAGUCCCUAUGAUCUGGACGGUAGUUUUAAUGAGAGCAAGGACAGGAGUGGGAGUUUCAGUGAACUGAUGAAGAUGGACGAGCACGGUCCUAACUUCGUUAGAAACGUCGUAGAUGAUGAUGACGAUGAUGAGGAUGAGGAGGAAGAAGAAGACAACUUACCUCAGAUCGAGUCCCAUGAGUCAGCGCCCGUAACCGACGGCACACCCGUCGUGGAGAAGAAAAAACGCAAAACCAGACAGGAAGUGGAUCCUGGGAAAUACUUUGAAGUUCAGGAUGACACCGGGAUAAAAUAUGCGUGUUCAAAGUGUGGAAAUGUGUACAAGUGGAGGAAAUCACUGAACAAACACUGGAAAGAGAAACAUUUUGGUGACAUUCCUGAUUCUAGUGUUCCACCCCCAGGGCUCGCCAAACUCAACAGCCUUAAUCACAUGCAAUAUACAUACAGAUUCCCUACCUCAAAAGGGGGUGACCGUCUGUCACCUUCAUCUCAAAGUCAGAGAAGUGAGAGGUCAAGGUCAGAGACCCCGGUCAGUAUGGUAGAGCGGUACCAGCCAGGAGCCGAUCUGAUGGAGAACAGCAGCGUGUCGUCUGUCGUGAUGCCGCGAUUCAUCGGUCCCUUCAUCACAGACAGUAUGUCGGUAGCUGGAGGUGACCCCUCACCCAGCAAACCCGAGGCGCUCUACCCGAGAUCCAUGAUGGAAUCUAGUCGUGAACAACCCAUUGACUUCUCUGUCAAGAGGGAGAGCGAUUUCAGUCCUUACCUAAAGGCAUCACACUCGUCUCCUGCCAUUAAAUCUGAACAUGGGUGGUCUGAACAAACAUCUAGUCUUGAUCUCAGUGGAAACAAGAAAGAAGAGAGUCCUAUACUUCAGUGCAAUAGAUGCUCCUUUGUAGCUAAAACUUUGGUAGACUAUAGCUCUCAUAUGACUUUACAUUUGAACAAACGAGCUUUUAAGUGUGCAGAAUGUCAAGAACAUUUCAAUAAUGUAGAAGAUUUGAACAAACAUUUUGGAGAAAACCAUUCCGAGAAAAUCCACGAACACAAGGAAGCUAUACAGAAGAUUCCCCAUGGACUGCAGCAGACAUAUCACCUCCUGAAAAUGCCACUGAAUUCCAUUGGUUCCAUUGCCGUAUCUGAAGCAUCCACUUCCGGGCCGAAUGAACCUAAGUAUCUGAAAUGCAGCAUGUGUCACUUUGUCGCUAAAUGGCCAGCCGAGCUUCAGAAGCACGCCGUCUCCCACUCCGAGGAGCGACCUUUUGUUUGUAUGGUCUGUGGCUCCACCUACAAGUGGAAGUGGGAUCUAGUCAAGCACUUUGAGAAGAGCCACAACUCUCUAACCAAUCCUUACAAGCGUAGAGAACAAGGCAGCUCCCCGGCUCCAUUGACCACCAAACCUGACCAGAAUUCCAUGAUGAAAUCCCCUCCCGUGCUCUCCCCAGUAACGGGAUUCCCUGGUGAGCGGUCGUCCAUGUAUCCUAUGACAAGCAUUGCAGCAGCUCUCAUAGACACCGACACAUUCCAGAAAAGAAGCAUAGAUAGCUUGUCCUACGAGGAACCUUCCAGGAAGAAGAGGCGCCUGUCAGACACUGAUAUGCCUAACCUGAUGGACCAGUCUCAGGCAGAUCGCCAGGAGUACAUCACAGCAGGUGCUCUUAGUUACGACAGACAUGACGACUCCAGAGGCAUGGAAUCCGAGAGUGAGGACUCCCAGGAAAGCCUGAAAAUUUCUGGAACUUCUGCUCUACGAGACAUGGAGAACCUCAUUCCUCCAGAAGAUGAGAUGGGAAAUGAUCCAAAUGAAAUGUUUGGCACCUGUUCCAUCAACCCUCAGACCCAGAUGGCUGUCAUUAAUGCAGUCAAGAAGAGAAUGGACAACGGAAAGCCAGCCAGCAUCCCCUCUAAGACUCGACCAAAUGACAAGGACAAAAACUCUGAUGUACUUCUGCCAUACAAGUGCCAGAUUUGCGAGUACAGAGCAAGAUGGCCGUCUGAGAUUACUCAACAUAUGAAGAACCACUCUGAUGAAAAGCCGUACCACUGCCCUAGAUGUAGCUACAAGAGCAAGUGGAAAUGGGAUGUGGUUAAACAUCUGAAGCGGUGUGGGGGAGGCACCAUAAGGGAUGUCAUUGACACUAAUAAGCUGAAGAAGCACUCGGCGCCACCUAAUGUGACCGUCAUGCCUCAGGGUUCCUUCCAAAGACAAGGCCCAGGCUCACAAUCAGAAUUCAUGCAGAAGAAUUUAGAAAGUCGCUAUGCACUGUCAUCUGUGGCAGAAGCUCUUGCAACCAACAACAGUGCAAUCAUGUCCAUGGCUGAAAUGAACAAAGCUGGUUAUGAUGAUUAUGAAAAGAUGAUGAGUCUGUCCAGUAACCAGCCACCAGUUUUCAAGAGCAUCAUUAACCAGGGAGUCUACCACUGCUUUGAGUGUCCAUUUAUUGCUCAGAGUCCUGCAGAACUGAGGCGUCAUGCUGUACUCCACUCUGAAAACAAACCAUUCAGUUGUGUUGUUUGUGGAUACAGCUCCCGCUGGAAGUGUGACUUGAAGAAACAUAUCAGAACCUAUGGGCAUUAUGACCAGACCAUGCAAGCCAAGCCUUCCUCUCAGCAGACCUCCCCUGGCAAAUUCCAGUACCAGAUUCCCCAGAGGGACAUCUACCCAGAGGACCACGACUCAGAAGACAGAACCUUAUACAAAUGUAACAAGUGUCCUUACUCCACCUUCAAGAAAUAUUCAUUUGAAAUCCAUAUGAAGACCCAUGGUGAGAUGAAAAAAGAAGAUACUUCUCUGGGUAAAUACAACUGUAAGCAGUGCGACUUCCAGGGAACCGAUUUGAUUUCCUUGCUCCAGCAUAAAAAGACCCAUGCAGGCAAAGCUACCUCUACUGAAGGAAACAACACUUCACCGGACCCAUCUGCCGAGCAGGUGUCUAACAGGACAUUGCAGAAACAUCGCAGAAAACCUGUCCAACAGUUCCGCUGUCCUAAGUGUCCUUACACCUGCUUCAAGAGAUCUGGACUCACUAUGCAUGAGGCUAUGCACCAGCCCCGAGGAGAGGACGCCCUGAAAUGUUAUUACUGUGACUAUAACGUCUUCAGUAAAGGACUCCUGGUUCAGCACAUGAGACUACAUCCUGAAUUUGAUCCAAAUGAAUGUGGAGAAUUUGCUGAAAUUCUAGAGAAUAAUGACUUUGAUAAUAUGGACACUGAGGAAUAUGAGUACCUCCGUAACAUGAAUGAGGAUGCUGACGAAUACAACAGUAUGAUGGAUGAGGACUCCAGACAAAGUCCAAGUGAACUAAACAGUUCAGGUUCCAGUAUCAAAGCCAGGGAGAGUGGAGCUCUGGAUCUCUCCAGCUCAAGCUUGACAUCCAUCUCGAGCGAGUCCAAGAGAGCGACGGGUGCCACCCUGUGUGAACCACCAGAGGUUCCCAGUUCUUUGAUGCCAUUCCCUUGUGAGUGGUGCCCAGCCAGAUUCCUUAACCUGACCAAACUCUACCAUCACGCCAGUACUCAUCAUCCGAUGGAGCUACGCAUGCAGGAGAUGGGGGAGACACCCAGCAUGGCUCUGCCCACCAGGAUGAGUGAUCCUUACCUUGAACGACAGAAACGCUUGCAGCAGAAACAAGAGCUUCAGAAACAAGAGUUAGAGCAACAAAAACUUCUAGAGCAACAGAAGUUGGAGCAGCAGCAUUACCAGCAAUCCAUCCUCAAAAGUGCCUUGAAUCAGUCCAGAUAUCGCCCCAUUGAACCCAAACUCCCAUUUUCACUCGGAGAGAAGAAACCUAAUCCUGUGUACAGUUCUCCGUCAACAUCUGCAUCACCAAGCACCAGCACCUUCUCCAAGUUCUCACAAGAUGCUAACAACAACAAGUCUGGCAUUCCAAUAUCACAAUCCUCUACUCUGGUUGCGCAAGCCCUGCUUGCCAAGGCCAAGAAAUCGACCAGCCCUAACAAGAGAGGGAGAUCAUUCCAGUGUACCAAGUGUUCGUUCACCGCUCCUAACGCAGUGACCUACCUCCGCCACAUCGAGCGACACGGCAGUAACUGUAGACACACCUGUAGGUUCUGUGACUACAGCAUUGACCGCCUUAACCUGCUGUACCAGCACAUGAAGGGAACUCACGGGGAUCUGUGGAGGGGGACGCCAGAAGAGAAGAUCAACCUGACGUCAGGAUCAGGGAGCAAGGUCUACCCCGACGACAUGCAUUCCAAAGGGCCUUUCACUCCUGACAUGAACUCAGAGAGCAUGAACAGUAGUUUGGACGGUUCCUUUACUGGGUUAUCCAAUGACAUCCCAGACAUCAGUGAUGAAGCUUACAACUUCUCCAUGAAUGAGAUCAGAGUUUAUCAUACAAUGGCAGCCAAGGGACAAAACCCAGUCCUGAUCAUCAAGGAAGAAACGACAUGGUAUGGCGUACCCAUCCAGGUCUGCACCAUCAACGGAAGAAAAAGUUACAAGUGUCCAAAGUGCAUUUUUGUCAAUGGCAACCCCAAUAACACAGUAAGUCACGUCAAGCUUCACAGCAGCAGCAAGAGACUGUCAUGUGAGAAGUGUGACUUUGGAGUGGACAACCUUAGACAGCUAGAAAUCCAUUAUGAAUGCCUCCAUCCACAAAACCCAAUUUUCAUUGAGCGGUCACCAAGCAAGAUUCCAUUUGUACCAGAAUCCAGCAACUCAGUAGAGGAGAACAACAACUCAGUCAUCUGGAGCAACCAGACGCAGAAAACCUCCAACCUGAUCUUACCGACCUGCACCAACUGUCCAUACAAAUGCCGGACCGUAGAGAUGCUCCAGUACCAUCUGACUCUUCAUAAUCUGGACAGAGAGUUCAAGUGUAAUUACUGCGAGUUCAGUGUGGACUCACAGAACCUUCUCCUGAAACACCUGGCUGUUCACAGAGAACCGUACGAACCAGACCUGAGCCAGAAUGAGGAGGAAGAAAUCAAGGCAGCUAACCAGACACCCACGAGCCAGGACAAGUUCCUCAGUAAAAUCGACCUGAUGCCCAAGGACCUUCAGAGGGAAGUGACGUCUGCUGAAAACAAACUGACACCACAGACCCUGAAGACCGUUCUGAAUAACCUGAAGAACAGCACGGGCAGACUGAGGUACAGAUGUUCUAGAUGUCCCUACUUCUCCUUCUGUAAGAACAACAUCAGCAAGCACCGCAGACAGCACACAGUCAAGAGUAAAUUCAAGUGUCAGUACUGUGACUACAGCGCCACCAGAAACUUCCUGAGACAGCAGCACAUGAAGUUCCAUGAGAAUCAGGCCAUCACUGACGCUAAGUGUACUAAAUACCAUGACAUCGUCUUGGAUCCCUAUGAUGAGGAGGGCCUGAAAGCCUUGAGCAGCAUUCAGACACCAGAGUCUACUUCAACCAAUGGUGAAGAUAACAUCAAAGAUUUCUCAGAUGAGAAUAAUGAGAACCCUGAGGAGGCUGAUGCCAUGUCAGAAGAGAGAGACUUUGAUGAGGAGAUGGCAGCUCUAGAACAGGCUGAGUUUGAAGGCCUGGAGGACAAGAAGACUUCUGACACAGAGAUGGAAGGGCAGGAUUCUGACGACAGUCUGUCUGAGAUGGAUCCCACGACUCUACAGCAGCAAAUGUCAAUGAAUCUGUCGGGAACCGUGGGCAGCGAAGAUAAGAUCCGCUACACCUGUACCCAAUGUCCCUACAAAUGUAAUGCACUCAGGAGCUUCAAGUGCCACAUCCACAUGCAUGGUCUGAAUAAGAAGUACAUCUGUGAUUUCUGUAACUGGAGUGCUGACCGCCUUAACCUCCUGUAUCAGCACCGUAAGGUCCACAGCAAGAUGCCCAACUACAAUUCCUCUCCAGAGGACAUUGUUUUCCUCAACCGUAACUAUGCUCUCGAAAACGAUUCAAAAGCCGUGAUGUCUCCGGAGAACCUUACCAUGGAGCAGCUAAAAGAAGGCACCAGCCCAGUGGAUGAGAAAGCUCUACAGAGAAUGUCUGAUCGCCAGUUCAGUGGAAAGAAAAUUUACAGCUGCAAAUUAUGUCCUUUUUCCUGCAACAACAAAAACAGCUUUGCCUAUCACAAAAACCUUCACAAAAUAAAUGCCCGCUACACUUGUAAUCAAUGUUCCUACAGCAUUGACCGCUGGAAUCUGCUGGCUCAGCAUAUAAAGCUCCACAAGAUGAGCAGCAGACAAGAGCUGGACAAGAGUAAUUCUCAGAUGAAUGUCUCCAGCCCUGAAGUUGAACCUCAGCUCUACUUCAAUGCAGAAGACAGCCCUAACGAUAGCGAGAUGGAAAGUGAAGAAGAAAAGCCACAGGACUGGAAGUGCAGCAGGUGCCCUUACAGUUCAGGAAGCCAGCAGAUGCUAUGGGAACACUCUAAGCAGCAUCACAAGCAUGGGAAGCAUAGCUGUCCGUACUGUGACUUUAGUGACCAGCAGGAACAAAGCAUGGUGGAGCAUAUCCAGCUCCACUUCCCCAGCACCAAGCUCGACCCCGACGCUGUCCACGCGAUGCUGGCCAAACAGGGCGAAAAGUUCCCUCAGGCCCCCGAAGUUCCCAUCGUCAAGACGACACGAAAAGAGGCCAAGAAAUCUGAGUCCACAGAAGAACCAUCAUCCACUGAGGCCCCCAAAUCCAGAACCAAAGUGUAUGUCUGUCCGUACUGCGAGCGUGAAUUCGAUAACAAAGAACUGAUGUUGAAUCAUGAACGACAGCAUCUGAUUGGGUCCAAGUAUUAACAUUGUGUGUCUAAAUGUUAUACAAGUUCUCUGUGUUUAUUAAGAAUACAAACUUGCCUUAAUGUUAAGAGGUGCUUUACGAUUGUGCAAUUUUAUCAUACUCAUUUUGGAGUGCUUUUAAUCAGGAGAUUCUAGUUUGAUGGUCAUUUCAAUAUCAUAAGAACUUUUAAAUAUUAUGACAUUGUAUUAUGCACUACAAAGACACUUAUUUAUGCAAUAAUCAAUGUAUAGCAAUUUAGUCAAGUAGUUUAUCAUCGUCAGGUACUUGUGAGUAUUUGUUUGGAGGGAUAUAUUUUUGUUCAGGAAGUUAAUUUAUUUUUAUGCAUUAUGUGUGUGGUAGUGAAUUAGGUAUACCAAGUUCAGUCAAGUCUUUCACCUUGUGUUCAAAUGAAGUCCGUGAAAAACGAUUGUCAUAGUAUUUUUAAACUUUGGUCCAAGUGCUUUUAAAAUAAUGUAACAAAACCCAUGUAUGUAUAGUUAAUACAUGUAUAAGAACAGUGCAAUCCUCUUUGUUCAAUUUUCAAGGCCUGAUCAAGCCUUUCAGGAAAUCCUAGCAAUAGAAUGGAACCAAUUUAUCACAAUUUUCCACUAGAAUAUUUGUAUAUAUUGUUAAAAUUUGGUAUUUGUAUGAAUAUUUUAUGAUGUAUUAUUUUUUUUCCUGCAGACAGCAGUAUAUUUUGCAUAUAUCCACUUUUAAUUAAUACAUUCCAUUGUGGUAAAAUCACAGGAUUUGGAAUAUUAAUCAUGUGAUUAUUUUUUGUUUUGCUUAAUUUAUGUAUCAAUAGUACUAUCUAUGCACAUACAAUGUACUGAUUGUUUAAAAUAAACAAAUGAUGUCAUUUACAUAUAUACCAAUUACAAAGAGACUUGUUGACGACUGUUGAUUUCUUUGAAGUGUGUUGCGAGCCAGUUCUUUACAAACUACCAAUUCAUCAGUAUGCUAGCUGUCAAGAUUUAAUGAAAAUGAAAAGCUUUUCUGCGACACAUUGUUAGAUUUUUUUCAAUUUUUUUAUUGGACAGAAGUCUUCCAUGAAUUUUCUUCCAAUAAUGUGGUUCAAGGGGAACAACUCCAUUUUUUUUCUAAAUGUUAUACAAUAACUAUGCAUAUUAAAUAUUGUGCCUUAUGGGAAAUUUUUUUCAAUGAACAGAAUGUUAUAUAAAUUUGUUCAAAGGAUAUAUAUUUUUCUUUAAUUUAUAAACUGUUGUUGAAAAUUUUUAAUGGAGAUGUUUGGCCCAUGCUCAUUUUCAUGUCUGCUUGAUAAUACUAUAAUUUUGUGUUUUUCAUUUUUAAAUUUGUAUCUAGACUUGAGUUUUAGUAUAACUAUUUUUUUGUACAAAAACUAAGAUAUUCUGAUACGGAAACUCGUUGAGAGAGAUGACUGACAUGAUUUAGUUAUACCUUGUCAUUAAUGCACACAAAUCAAUUGUUAUGUUCAACUUUAAACCAGGGGUGACAAGCAGAUUUCAAUGUCACCUGAAAUGUGUUGACUUCUAAUCUUAAUUUGGUUAAUUAAUGGUCUCCUUCGUUAGUUAUUCUCUCUCACUGCGGGUCUCGGUGUCAGAUUUCCUGUAGUUCUGUACGUUUAGCCACUGAUUCCUGGUGCUAUUUAUAGAUGUGUACGAAUGUAUUCAUACUCUUAUUAUCUAUAGUGUAUGAAUGUAUUCAUGCACCUUGCAUUUUAUGAACUUAUUAUUAAAACAAAAUUUUUAUCCAAGUUUGUCCCUAUUCAUUUUUUCACUCCUUUCUUGGUUGUUUUUUUUCCGUUCAUUUUUGAUUCAUUCAUAUAAUCACGUUCAAAGUUAUUAGCCAUAGUUGCUAGCUGAAGAAAUCAUGUUACAAAACUUUAGAACAAAAUCCAAGCAAUGUAACAAGAAUUUUGAGUGAAGCUUCAUAAUGGGAUUAAACCUCCAUUAUAAUUGCAUGUAAUGUAGACUAUAUAACCAACGUUUUAGUUAUUGAACCAUUUUAGAGCAUUUUUUCUUCUUUGAAAUAUUAUGAAAUAAAUAGAAUUGAAAACAUAGAUAA